GUCCAAACCCUCUGAUUUCCUUAACUUCUCUAAGAAAAAGAGGAAGUUCUCUGAGUGACUCACCACUGUGGUGCUACUAUGCCUUUUUAACCCUGUCUUGGACUUCAUCUGGGAGAAUGUGGAGCCAUUUGAACAAGCUCCUCUUCUGGGCCAUGCUUUCUUCUGUCACAUGUGAAAAAGCUGUGUUGGAUUGUGAGGCAAUGAAAACAAAUGAAUUUCCUUCUCCAUGUUUGGACUCAGAGACUAAUGUGGUCAUGAAGGGUCAAAAUGUAUCUAUGUUUUGUUCCCAUAAGAACAAAUCACUGCAGAUCACCUAUUCAUUGUUUCGAAGUAAGAUACACCUGGGAACCCAGGAUGGAAAAGGUGAACCCGUGAUUUUUAAUCUGAGCAUCACAGGAGCCCACGAAUCAGGCCCCUACAAAUGCAAAGCGCAAGUUUCCAACUGUUCAAAAUACAGUCCCAGCUUCAACUUCAUAAUUGUUGACCCAGUGACUGCCCCAGUGCUGAACAUUACGGUCAUUCAAACAGAAACAGACCAACAUAUAACAUUACACUGCCUCUCGGUCAAUGGCUCGCUGCCCAUCAAUUACAUUUUCUAUGAAAACCAUGUUGCCAUAUCGCCAGUUAUUUCCAAGUACAACAGGGAGCCUGCUGAAUUUAACUUAACCAGGAAGAACCCUAGAGAAGAAGCAGCGUAUAGGUGUGGAGCUAAAAACAGAUUGCCUAACUAUACAGCAUACAGUCAACCUGUCACCAUGCCUUCAACAGGCUGGGACAGCUGUCCUUUCUGUCUAGAGCUACUGCUUCCGGGGUUAUUACUGCCGCUGCUGGUGAUAAUGGUGGUGAUGAUCCUGAUUCUGGCUUUUUGGAUACUACCCAAAUACAAAGCAAGAAAAGCUAUGAGAAAUAAUUUGGCCAGGGACUGUGGAGCUUCACCCAUGGAAGCUGGAAUCUAUGCAAAUAUCCAUCAAAACCAAGCGAAGAAGGAAUCUGUGCCAGAAGUGGGAUCCAGGCUGUGUGUUUCCACAGCCCAAGAUGGGGCCAGACACUCCCAGGAGCUACAGUAUGCCAACCCCGUGUUCCGGGACGUGGCACCAAGACAGCAAGAAGCCUAUGAUUAUUAUAAACCUGGAUGUGUCUAUGCUGAACUCACCUUCUGAAAUUUACAGAAACAAACUGCAUCUCAGGGACUUCCUAUAAGAACGUGCUUCCGCAUAGAACGAUCAUUAAAACCAGGAAAUUAACCCCGAUACAUUACUGCCACCUAAUCUCCAGGUCCCCAUUCCAGCCAGUUGCCACCAUAAGCUCCUUGAUAGCUAAAGGAUGCUUUGGCUGAAGUAUCAAGCAUUGGAUUUUGCUGUCAUGUUCUAUCUCCUUCAGUCUGGAAUUGUUCCUCAGCCUUUCCUCGUCUUUGACACUUUUGAAGAUAAUGGACCAGUGACGAUUUCAUGUCACUCAUUUUGAAUUUACCUGAUGUGACCCAUGGUUGGACUGGGGAUGCACUUUUGCCAGGAUUAUUACAGAGAAUGUCCUGUUCUUCUUGAUGUGUCCCAUCAGGCAGUGCAUGUCUGCCACCUCCCCCGCAACUGCUCAUCACUUAGAUCACUUGGGUAAAGUGUUGUUUGCUGGUUUCUCCAGUGUAAUGUUUUGUAUUAAUUAAUAUUUUGUGGAUGGGUGAAUAUACUAUUUCAUAUACUUUGAAAUUAUGUGAAUAUACUAUUUAUCAAUUUGGAGUCAUAUCACUCAUCAUUAUAUGUUUUGUUUGUUUUUGAGACUGAGUCUUGCUCUGUCACCCAGGCUGGAGUGCAGUGGUGCGACCUUGGCUCACUGCAACCUCCGCCUUCUGCAUUCAAGAAAUUCUCUGCCUCAGCCUCCUGAGUAUCUGGGAUAACAGGCACCCACCACCACAGCCAGCUAAUUUUUUUUAUUUUUAGUAGAUACAGGGUUUCACCAUCUUGGCCAGGCUGGUCUUGAACUCCUGACCUCAUGAUCCACCCACCUUAAGCCUUCCAAAGUGCUGGGAUUACAGGCGUGAGCCACUCUGCCCGGUAGAGUGUUUCUUUACUUUCUGGCCCAACAAUAUAUUCCAGGUUCAUCUUGUCCUUGUCCUGAUCCAGCUCUGGAGUCAGCUGUAUUUCCAGGGAGCUCUGGUUCCUUUAGGAAGAGCUCUGUAUUUAGAAACAGAGGCUGAGCUCUAGCUGUGACCAUGGCUCUUAGGGUGUUAGUGUUUCUAGACCCUUCCAACCAUCAGAGGUUAGGAAUGCGUUUAUGCAUAUAUUAACAUCUAUACCUAUUUCCAUCUCUACAGCUAUCUGUAUGUGUCUCAGCCUCCCCAGUAGCUGGGAUUACAGGCAUCUACCACCACACCCGGCUAAUUUUUGGAUUUUUAGUAGAGACGGGGUUUUACCAUGUUAGCCAAGCUGGUCUUGAACUCCAGACCUCAGGUGAUCUGCCUGCCUCAGCCUCCCAAAGUGCUGGGAUUACAGGCAUGAGCCACUGCGCCCAGCCAGUUUAUGGAAUUUGAUUAAUCCCCUUGCAUAUAAUAAAUCUCCAUGCAAACCCCCUUCUCACCCCAUUUGGACUCUGACCCUGAUAUCCCCUACAUGAAUGUGCUCCUAUGCAGAGCCCCACACACUCUCAGACUCCGACACCUGAGCCCCCCCUCCCCCAGACAUUUCCCCACCCUGCUCAGGCUCUAACACCCCACCCUGGUCAGCCCUCCCACCCAGAGGCCCUUCCUGUCCCCUCAGAGUCCGACACCCACUCAGGGCUCCAUCACCACCCUCCUCCCUUAUUCAGAUAGCCCCCAUCCCAGGCUGCCCCUCAUGAGAAUAUCCUGUUUGCCCCACCUUGGUGAGGACACCUGCCCCAGCCCAUGUCCCCACCCCCACCUGCAGGACACUCCUUGCCCCUCAUGGGCUCCAGCACCACAUGCUGGAUGGACUCAUCACCUUGUGGAUACCCAACCUCCUGCUCUGGGACCCAUCCCUAGGUGGACUCCCUCUUCACCCCAGAAGGGCUGGUUGCCCAGCUCCCUGGCCUUGCGGCUUCCCACUCCACCUUAUCCCUAUGCAGAGGCUCAGCCCCACCCAGUGGCCUUUGGGUUGAAUUGUCCAGGAAGGGCGGAAGAAGAGGAUCUGAUGAAUUUCAUUUCAGUAGCCACAUUUUUCAUGUCUAGAAGUUUCACUUUGGUUGUUUUGCAAAUCUACACAUUCUUUAAAUUUUUCAUGGUGAAAUAGAGUGCAUAUUAUCUGAAAACGCAUUAAAACUAUGCAUAUAGGCUGAGUGCAGUGGUUCUUGCCUGUAAUCCCAGUGCUUUGGAUGGCUUAGGCGGGAGGAUCACUUGAGCCCAGGAGUUUGAGACCAGCUUGGACAAUACAAGAUCCCGUCUCCACAAAAAUUUUUUUAAAAAUUAGCCAGGUGUGGUGGUGCUCACCUUUAGUGUCCUAAGCUGCUUGGGAGGCUGAGGCAGGAGGAUUGUUUGAGCCCAGGAGUUUGAGGCUAUACUGAGUUAUGACUGUACCACUGCACUCUAGCCCAGGUGACACAAGACUGUAUUUCUAAAAAAAGAACAAAAGUAUGUACAGUUUAACAAGUUACAUCAAGUAUACGCCAGUGAAUCCACUUCCCAAGUGGUAGUGGAUGGAAUGUUGCCUGCAGCCCAGAAGCCUUCUGCCUGCCUCUUCCUGAUCACAACCCAGCCUCCCCAGCUCCACUCCUCCUCCAUGGGAAUCACUUCUUUUCUCUUCUUUAUAGUUUUACCAUGUAAGUCUGCAUUCCUAAACCCCAUCUUUAGCUUUGCCUGUAUUUGAAUUGAAUAUAAAUGGACUG